AUGGAGAUGCAGGCGAAGGAGCAUGCCAAGCACAUAGUCGCCAAUUACCUACAAAGACCUGAUCAACUUGAAAAAACUGAGCAGUUACGGAAAUCUGUGGCUAGACAGAAAGGUUCGGUAGAGGCCAUGUUGAAAACGGCCAUUCAGUCCCAGUUGGAUGGGGUGAAAACCGGAUUGAACCAGCUGAACACCGUCUUGAAGGAUAUAAAAGAAAUAAAGUCCAACAUGACUGAAAUCAGGUCCACUUAUUUGACGAUUGCAGAUUUGCAAUCAAAACUGAAGAACAUCAGAGAAGAAAAUUCAAAGCACAGUCAGUUGGCAGCAGCUUGUGAUAAUGUCCUGCAUAUAUUCACUGUUCCUGAAACCAUUAAAAAAUGUGAAGACUUGAUUAAUGAUGGCAAACUGCUCCAUGCGCACAAAUCUAUCAGUGAUUUGGAGAAAUCAAAAGAUGACAUCCUCUAUGAACUGAACAAACAACCAAACAAGACACCCAUGGAUCAACUUAUUGUGUUGGAAUAUUUUUCUGGGCUGGAUGAUUUGGUACAAUCACUAGAAAAACAACUUUGGUUGAUUUUGCAGAGGACAAUCAUUUCACUGAGAGUUGAACCAACAAUCAUCGUAACUGUUUUGAGAAUUAUUGAAAGGGAAGAGAAGCUGGAUGCAGUCAUGUCUAAUAAAUAUGAGGAGAUGAAGUUACCUGGCAGGCCAAAGAAGUGGAAAGAAAAAGCAAUGGACACCAUAAACAAGGCAGUUCUGUUGAGGAUUGAAGGCAAUCAGAUGGAAGACAGAACAACCAAUAAGAUGUGGCUAGUCAGACAUCUGGAGGUGACCAGACAGAUUGUUCUUGAAGAUUUAAGAGUGGUCAAAACGUUGUGUGGUCAGUGCUUUCCACCCCAUUACAACAUGGUGGAAAAGUACAUAGAGAUGUAUCACAUGGCUAUCUCAACUCAUCUGAAUGAAAUUAUAGAGCAAGGACUUGAAGGAAAUGAAAUAGUCUCUCUGCUCAACUGGAUCAAUGACUACUCCACAACUGAAUUGAUGGGGCAUCCAGAUUUAAACAUCGAUGUGAAUAAGUAUCCGCCGCUAAUUGAGAAAUCAAAGAUCAAUGAUCUGUACUCACAGUACAUAAUGACUUUGAAGAGAAACAUGAAAGAAUGGAUGGUGAACUCCAUAAAAACUGAUUCAAAAGAUUGGUCCAAAGAUCAGCUACCUGACACAGACGACAAAGGUUUUUUCAACACAACACUCCCUGUUCUACUGAUCCAAAUGAUUGAACAGAACCUCGAAGUUGCAAAAACAAUUGGCAAUGAACUCGUUGUUAACGUCGUCAUCAUGUGCAUAGAAGAGAUGAAAGAAUUCGCCCAACUCUACAAAAGUGAACUUAAAAUUUAUCGAGACAUUCAUCUUGCUGAUCGUAGCAGUCCAAAGUAUUAUCUACACUUCAUCAUUGCAAACACAAACAACUGUCAGUCAUUUGCCGAUUUCAUAAUUCAUCUGCACAAAGACUACUUAACACAUGCUGAUGUCGGUAAGAUUAAAUCUUUGCUUGACAUGUUCAACAACCUAGCUGACCUGCUGUGUGUUUGGUUGAUCGAGGAGGUGUUUUCAGAUCUCGAACCUCACAUUCAAGAGUUGCUGACCAAGAAAUGGACCACUAGUAGUUCAUCUGUGGACACCAUUUGCAUCACCAUUGAAGAUUACUGUCAGGAUUUCGUCCACAUCAAGGACGUAUUUUAUAAUGAGAUGAUAAACAGAGCUAGACUGAGAUUAGCAAAGGAAUAUUACAAAGCCAUCCUAGCCAGGAAGAUAAUGUUUAAAAAUUAUGAAGAGCGGGGUCCUGCUUGUGAGAAAAUCAUCAGAGAGGCCGAUCAGAUGGACCUGUUGUUUCAGAAGCUGAUCAAAAAUGAUAAACACCAGCAGGAAUCACCGUUUGCAGGAAUUCCAUUAUUCAUCGAAUUGUUGAAGAUGAGGGAUACUUCUAUGCUUUCUCUGGAGUUGUCGGGAUUUGUCAAUAAAUAUCCUGAUAUCAAAAUUGAUAUGGUAGUCAAUAUUUUGCUGAUGAGGGGAGAUAUGAGUCGAUCUGACGCUCGAUUUCACACGCCGCAUCAACGCAAGAUAACGGUUAGUACGAAGACAAUGACCUAUUAA